AUGCUAAGGUUCAAUGUUGUUCUGGGUAUAACAGUUAUCUGUUUUCUACUGCAUCAUGGCUUCACAUUUAUAUUUUAUGUCGUCAUUGCGACUCUUUCCUUUGCUGCUGGUUUCUUUUUAAUGAAUGAACAGCCUGUUGUGCAUUUCCGCAAGAGAGAUCUUUUAUUCUCCAAAGGGAUUCCAAAGGUGACGGCUAUCAUGGAUGCUGAGGGUGUCACGAGACCGAAUAUACGUGUAUCUCCUCAUCAGGACCUAGACUACGUGCUUAACCAGAUUGUAAGCUACAUUAUCAGAGACUACAUAACUCCUUGGUACAACUCUCUCACACCGGACGAUUCAUUUCCAAUGGAACUCCAUAAGCUCCUUUUACGGGUUGUUGCGAAUGUGGUUAGAAGAGUUUCCGACGUGGAUUGGGUGCCUUUUUUUACUGAAACGCUUCCUUCUUUCAUGUCUGCCCAUGUUCGUGUCUACCGAAAUAUGCUGGACAGAAAGGCAACCUAUCCUGACAGAGAUUAUGCGAAAUUAUUUUUUGAUGUUGAGGCUGAGACAGAGAAAAGUAUAUGUCACGAAGAAAUCUGUAAUUCUGAAGAUCGGGAAAAAGACCAUCUUCGUUUGCUAAGUGAUAUGUUUUUAUUCUUUGUUACCCCUACUGAGGAAUAUGGUGUGCCUGGUAUACGAUAUAUAACCCGGGUAAGGUACUUACUUUUCUAA